AUGUCACGCUUAAUGCUUGCUGUCGCAGUACCACUGGAUCUAUCGUCGUCGUCGUCGCCGGUAUGUGGUGACCUGAUCUUGGAGGUUUCAAUCGUUAACGGGAUUCUUACUGCUAAAACAGCAUUCGGGUACCACACGGUCGAGGAUGACGAAUUCGUGCGUAUAGCGGAAGAGGCUCAAUACAUUAUGAUAUCUGCCGCUCGACCGGGGCUUAUCCCGUUCCUCAAAUAUGUCCCCGAAUGGAUAGUUUUCCUGGCCACUUCUGCUCGAGAAGGCCGAGAAUUCGUCGAAGGCCUCAGAACAAACCUUACGCAUGGGCUAGAAAACGAUUCGGUGAAGGCAAGAAGCGAUCCUGGGGAAGAAGAGCAGCUGAUCAAGAAAGCAUCCACACUAAUAUAUAUAUCUGGCGCUGAUACUAUUUUGGUCUCUGUUCUCAAUUUCUUCCUUGCAAUGCUCUAUGCCCCGGAUGUUCAGAAGAAAGAGUAUGAGGAACUUCGCGGAUAG